CUUGCUUGCUGUCUUCGCAAUGACCAAAUCUUCACAUCACCACCUUCAGCCAAUCUAUAGCGACCCUCAAGCCUGUGAUCAGGAUGAGAGUUCCACGAAUGUGGCUGAAGCUUGGCCCUAGCGCGCCCCAUGUCAUCACUUGCGGCGCAUGUGCAGGGUUCACGACCGUGAGACCUUGAAGGGACGCUUCCGUGGCGCGUCGAUCAUCCUCACCUCGCCAUGUCCUAGGUCGUCAACUAGAUUCCGCUAUCGUCGAGUACCUCACGAUGAGUAUUGACUCUCCGCAGACUCCGGCGGAGCGCCGCUUUCUGCGGCCUAGCCUACGGUCGGCAACAAUGAUACAGCCCAAGACUGGCGAGCGUGUCAAGAGAACCUUUACGCUACGGAGAUCCUCCGCCCACCGCGCGACCGAAUCUUCCGAGUUCCUACUUGCGCCCGGCCACUUUGAUCCUGAACGACACCAGGAGUUGGGAAGGGUUGGAUGGCUCAUGGAUAGCUGCAAGUACAGAUGCCGACAAGUCUACGCAUACACUAGCAGUCCGACUGGCAUCGGUAUACUCAAGUGCUCAAUGGCUUAUAUACUUGGGUCACUGGCCACAUUUGUUCCACAGAUUGCUGGGCUGUUAGGCAAAAAUGAUGGAAAGCAUAUUGUGGCUACCGUUACUGUAUACUUCCAUCCAGCACGGUCAGCCGGCAGCAUGAUCGAGGCAGUGAUAUUGGCUUUCGCUGCGUUCCUCUAUGCGGCCUUCAUCUCGUUCUCUUCUAUGGGUGUAUCCGCAUAUUUUGGGAACCAUCACCUACUAGUCCUUGGACAUGUAAUAGUGCUCAUUGUCUUCUGCGGCGGCGGCCUGGGACUUGUGGGAUGGACGAAACACAAGCUUGGGAGCCCACUCGUCAACGUGGCCUGCUCACUGACUUCGCUGGCGCUAAUUACGGUACUGACUAAGGAGGGGGCCGUCCAGGCUGCUAUGUUCUCAUACAACAAAGUCUGGCAGGUUUUGAAGAUGAUCAUCAUGGGCUGUACAGCAUCGGCAGCCGUCUCACUUCUAGUGCGGCCAACGUCGGCGCGAAAUGAGUUCCGCAAUACUUUCAUCCAGUCGACUGAUGCGAUGGCUGAAAUCCUUAAUGGUAUCACGCGUAGCUUCCUCUCGGGGGCUGAGCAAGAUCUCAAGAGCGACUCAUUUGUCAAGGCCUCAAACGAGAGCAAGUCGACGUUCAAAACACUCGUUAAAAACUUAGCAGAAGCAAAGUUUGAGCACUAUGCUCUUGGUACCGAGGAAGAGUACAAGAUCAACUCACGGCUCGUCAAGUGCCUUGAAAAACUUAUGCAAAGCAUUGGUGGAUUACGGAGCGCUGCAGAGACGCAAUUCACGCUACUUGCUCAAUCGAACACGAACAUAACACCAUCGGAAAACGUACCUGGCAAUGGCACCGUCACUUCAUCCGUUUUCUCCGAACACACAAUAUCCCAAAGCCCUCCACAACUUCUCUCUCCAUCUCUCAGUCAUAUGGAGAGGCGGACUAGUAUCCUUGCCUCCAUUGAUGAGGUGCCAGAGGGUUCUGCUGAGGCAUCCGCGUACGCUUCGGCAGACGUGUCUGAUGACGAAAGCAGCCAGCAUCACGACAGUUCUCACAAAGUUCCGAACUUUUUGCAGUCUAGUCUUACACCUGCUGAUAUGUUCUCCGUUUUUAUUGCCCAUUUGGGUCCACCGAUGAAAUCUCUCGCUUACACUCUUCGUGAGGUGCUCUCUGAGCUCCCAUUUGGGCCUGGACCUGAAUACCACAUGGCUAUAAACGAGCACUUCCGUCACAGCCUUGUUGACGCGAAGGUUCUGUUUGCAAAUGCUAGGGGAGAGGCUCUUUCUGCCGUUUACAUGAACAAGAUACCGACGAGGACCAGCUCCGCCGCCGUGGCAGCUGAUUUCGAAGAGGUCGCAGCAAGUUGCGGUUAUUUCAGCUCAUCGUUGCAAGAUUUUGCCGAGGACAUGGUGUCCUUCUUAGAUAUCCUUGAGGAGUUGAAGACAAAUGUGAACCAUUACCCGCGGCGAAGGACUUACACCUGGUUAAAGUUCUGGCAAAGUGGGCACAAGAAGAGGCAAUCAGUUGAUGAUGCUGAGGAAGGAAGCUUUAACGACGAAGGUGCAAACCAAACACCCGGUGGCUCGCAUGAGAUUCAUAAUCCCAUUUAUCGAAGAUCCACUCGCGGCGAUCCGUACAAGCCUGAAAAUGAACAGCCGCUAUCAUACCGCGUCUGGGUGUCUUUGGCAGCUUUCAGGAGAGAUGAUCUGAAGUAUGCUGUGAAGGUCGGCAUUGGCGCUGUCCUCUAUGCUAUGUGGUCCUUCAUAGAGCCAACGCGGGAACUCUAUGGUCAUUGGCGUGGCGAGUGGGGUCUUUUGUCUUACAUGUUGGUGUGCUCCAUGACCAUAGGUGCUUCUAACACGACUGGAUUUCAUCGAUUCGCUGGUACUUGUCUCGGCGCCAUAUUUGCGAUUGCUGCUUGGAUUGCAGCCGACGAACAUGCCUUCGUACUCGGCUUCUUUGGCUGGCUCGUAUCCCUCUUCUGCUUUUACAUCAUCGUUGGCCAGGGCAAGGGGCCCAUGGGACGAUUCAUACUACUGACGUACAACCUCUCCGCACUUUACGCCUACUCACUGUCCGUCAAAGACGAUGAAGAUGAUGACGAUGAAGGCGGCGUAUCACCUGAGAUCUGGGAAAUUGUGUUGCAUCGUGUCGUUGCUGUCAUGGUCGGUUGUCUUUGGGGCAUCCUCGUGACAAGAGUCAUCUGGCCUAUCUCAGCGCGUCGCAAAGUUAGGAAAGGAACAUCCUUAUUGUGGCUCAAAAUGGGCCUCAUUUGGAAGCGCGGCCCUCUCAAAACCUUGAUGGAGUCAGACCAAAGCAAUGCGGGCCGGAUGUACUCGUACAUGACCGAGCGCGAGGAGCUCGAGCUUCGGCGCUUCCUGAAUCACUUGGAGACACUACGUGCCUCGGCUGCAGCAGAAUUCGAGCUCAGAGGUCCCUUCCCAGAUAAGAGCUUCAAGCUUAUUUUGGGCGCGACGAGUCGUAUAUUGGACAGCUUCCACGCUAUGAAUGUAAUCAUCUUGAAAGAUCUAAGGGCGACUGAGGGCGAGAAGGAGGUUCUGAAGUAUACGAAGAAGGAAUGGACAGAGCUGAGUUGGCGAAUUAGUCACUUAUUUUCUGUUAUGGCAUCCUCUAUGAAGCUAGCCUACCCGCUCAACGACGUCUUGCCAAACGUCGAACACACGAGAGAUCGAUUGUUAGCAAAGGUGUUUGAGUUCAGGCAGACCGGGCUUGGAAAAGUCAUUGCCAAGGACGAAGAUUACGAGUUACUGUACGCUUACGCUUUGGUGUCUGGGCAGUUGGCGCAUGAUCUUGGAAUCAUCGGACAAGAAAUUGAGAAGCUAUAUGGCGUUCUUAGCGAGGAGGACCUAAAAUUGCAGUAGAAGGUGAGUAAGAAGCUAUAAUAAACAUCCGUGACUUCCCAUC